GCGGAACAGUUCCGUUCUUUGUGGACAAACGAGUAAUCAAAGCGACGUCUCGUCAGUUCACCACCACCACAUCAUCAUCGUCGUAAUCAUCAUCAUCGGCAGGAGCAGCAGCUCACUCUUCAUCUCCGUGGGAGGCGGCUCCCUUUGUCAUCACCCCCAUUGUUAUAAUCAUCAUCAUCAGCUGCUGCUGCUGCAUGGCUCUGUUUAAGCGCUCCUUGUAUAUCCUUCGCCAUUGUUACGAAGAUCAUCGACUGGCUCUUCCUCUCGUCGUCGCAUCAUCACCACCAACACCACCACCAAACGAUUCGUCUCGUCAUCAUCAAUAACACCACCACCAUCAUCGUCAUCCUCAUCAUUAAGAUAAUCACCAUCAGCCGAUUAUUCAUUUGUAACCUCUCAUUAUAAUCAUCAUCAUCAUCAACACCGUCAUCGUUAUCAGCAGCGAUUGGUUUCGUCGGCUCAUCGUUAUCACCACCACUGUCGUCAACAUCCUCAUCAUCAACACCCUCAUCCUCAUCACCAGCACCCUCAUCCUCAUCACCAGCAACUUUAUCACGCUUUUGUUUGGCAGUUGCAACUCGAGGUCGAGAACGCCGCGGGUUCCCCUUGCGCUGCUCCAACUCCGCCACGCAGUGGCGUGGGGUUCGAGGGAAACAAAGUGGGCGAAUCGAAACGUACGUUUGAAAAACAAAACCGUUUCCGAUGGAGCGUUAUCUGCAAUAUUUCUCGACGCUGGGAGACCCGCGAAGGAGCCCGGGCGAUGACGAGAAUGAGGCCAUCGUCUCGGAGGAAUCUGACGACGUGGAGCAAAGCGUCCUACAGCCUCCACCGUCCUCAUUUCGAGAGUCCCUCAAACGCAUACUCACGUCUGAGCGCUUCCAGGUGGCUGUGGUGUGCCUGGUGCUACUGGAUGCCGGGCUGGUAAUGGGCGAGCUGAUAAUCGACCUUUCCAUCAUCAAAACUCACAAAGACAGCAUCGCCCCUGAGGUUCUGCACUACAUGAGCCUUGCCAUCCUGUCGCUUUUCAUGGUGGAGCUGGCCGUCAAGCUGUUUGCCUUCCGCCUCGAGUUUUUUUGGCACCCGCUGGAGGUGCUGGACGGCGCCGUUGUGGUCAUCUCGUUUGCGCUGGACAUUUUCUACGCGUCGCGGCACGACGGCUUUGAUGCCACCGCCUUCCUCAUUCUGCUGCGUCUCUGGCGGAUCGCGCGCAUCGCAAACGGCAUCGUUAUGUCGGUGAAGAACAGGACCGGACGCCGUGUCGCCGUGCUGAAACGCGAGAAGGAGGCUCUGCAGAGGCGCUGUCUUGAACAGGAACAAGAGUUGGAAUAUCUGCGGUCACUGGUACAGCAGCAUGGGAUCAAGUGGCAGCGUCCGAGCCAGCCCAGGUGUUAGGAGACCUUCGUUCAGAUUAGCUGUAUCCAAAGGGCACCGUUGUAGGUGUUCGAGAUACAUGAACCAUUCCCUGAUGAUACACGUGCAUCGUGAUUGAUAAUUAUUAGAUAGGGCUUUUCAUGUUUGGUGGCCCAGCUAGGGGAUGUGACCUCGUAUUUUCUUUAGCUGUGUGGUCAGCCACUCUGCAAUUUGCAUUGAUUUGUGUGGAGGGCCAGUUUGAGUGGCGGGAAAUUGAUAAGUUCCUGAAGAACCCUGGAAAUUUGGUGGUUAAAAUUAAUCGAGGGAGUUUUCUGCAGAGCGGUAAGAUGUUCUCAUAAUUUUCGAGUGUACAUAGAGCCACAUGCCAAUCCAAAAAUAAUCUGCGACUGUAGCUUGUUACUGUGUUUUAUAUAACCAGCCAUUCGGGUUUUUGAUUCUGUAAUGCAUUUCAAAAUAGCUCGUACAUUUUAAGUUACCUCAAGCAAUAUCAAUUAAAGAUUAAUUUAAGCGCGGAAUUAACGAUGUCCGCUGUGGAGCCACCAAUUCAAUGCCACUGAUCACCAACAAGAUGUGAAGUUACCAGUGAGCGAUAGACGUUUUGGCCUUUCGAUGUGUACCAUAUAUAUUUCUGUAUUGCAUUUUUUUUACACCAUAACAAUGUACAUUUGGCGCAUUGUUGCACCACCACACAUGAAUAUCGUGAUGAGUUCCAGUAUUACAAAUUAAA